AGUACAGCGCAAUCUAUUUUAAAUGUCAAACUAAGGGGCACGUUUUUUCGGUUAUUCGCGUAUGGUCUAAAACGCAAAAUGACUAGUGUAAUAUUUUGCCUCUAUUACCUCUCUAUUACAAUCAAUUUUCUUUGGUAUUAGUAUUAGUUGCCUGUGGAAAGAAAAGUAGUCAGCGAUAAAAGCUUGGACCAAAAACUUACUAAAACUAUUUGUGGGUACACGAGUUUGUACUUCAUGAACAAAGCAGGGAUUGUUUGUAGUUUCAGCAGCCAAAAGCAGAUGAGCUGUAUUUCCUAUGGUUGAAAAAAAAGGAAAAUACAGUCUAAUUUUUCUAACCCCUCUUUUGUUCAAUGAAGAAUCUCAUCCUAUCACAUGUCAAACACAUCACACGCACUUAAGCCCAGGAGAUGAGGAGUGUGGCAUCUGCGAGGUGUGCGUGGGGCGGCUGCGGGACGCGAGUGACUUCAAGCUGCAAGUGCAGCGCAGCCAGGCUGAACAGCAUAAUCUGCGAGUGCAACAUAGCCUUUUGGAUGUGGAGCCUCAAAUGCAGCUGCAGGGAGCACUGGCUGCCAGCGAUGCAGUCAAACUGGAGAAGUCUGACAUUGAUGUGGCCGAUGGGGAUGUGGUAGCAGUGUCACUGCAUAGCGUAGCGACAGCGCCAUCCGAGUCGACAUUGAUUGUGUCAGAACCAUCCGAGCUACAUACAUUAACACCUACGCCCUCAGAACCGCCAGCUAAUCACAUCCAAGACUGGGCCCACACGUGCGAUAUAUGCCACAAAUCAUUCGACCAUUUUUCAAGACUCAGCGUCCAUCGUCGCACACACACUGGGGAGAAACCUUACGCUUGCUACAUAUGCCCUAAAAAGUUCGCUCAAAAAGGAAACUUAAACGCUCACGUCAAAUAUCACAUGGGAGACUAUAGAUUCUUUUGCGGAAUAUGCAAAAUGCGAUUUACACAAAAAUCUCACUUGAGCAAACAUAUUCUAAUACACACAGGAGAAAAAGCUUUUUCGUGUGAAAUAUGCAAGAAGAAAUUUGCCUUAAAAGGCAAUUUAAACGUUCAUUUAAACACUCAUUUAAAAUAUGACACCGAGGAAUAUGGGUUCUCAUGUGAUGUGUGUAAGAAAAGAGUAGCGAAAAAAGUUGACUUAAUGGGACAUAGUUGUUUAUCUACAGAUGAAAAGCCUACAUUCGGCUUUAAAACUCAUUUAAAAGAUCACUUAGGAGAAAAACCUUAUACGUGUGAUAUAUGCAAAAAACAAUUUGCAGAAAUGGGCAACUUAAACAUUCAUAUAAAAAAUCACGUAGGCAAUUAUAGAUAUUCCUGCGACAUUUGCGAUAGGAAAUUCACAUUAAAAUCUCGCUUGGAUACACAUACACUCUUACAUACGGGGGGAAAACCUUUCAAAUGUGAAGUAUGCCAUAAGCAAUAUACAAAAAAGUGUGCUUUAAAACUGCACUUAAAAAUCACACAGGUGAUUAUAGGUUCAAUUGCAAUGCAUGCGAUAAACGGUUCACACAAAAAGAUUCUUUGAUUAAACACAUGCGUGUACACACAGGUGAAAAGCCUUACUCCUGUCAUGUAUGCAAUAAAAAAUUCUCACAAAAAUGUAACUUAAAAACUCAUAUGAAUAAUCACGUCAAUAUAUCUGAAAAACAAGCUGAUACUGAAGACUUAGAAUCCUCAUAUUCAUGUGAA